GAAUAUCAGGGCCAGAACCAAUCAGGAGCAGAACAUUCCGUCCCCAUCCUAGGAAACGAAAACUCGCGUACGGAAGCAGGAACCGAGGAGAAAAAAGAAGAAGUGACUAUAAUGAGGCCGCUGCUGCUGCGCUCUUCACUCGGCUGCUUGGUGACAACUUUCGGGUCAUUUUCCGCCUUUCGGAACAAAUUCCUCACACACGUAGCAGCUGUACCUCAUCUGUAUAAUUUGCGAAAAACGAUGCACUAUCAAAUUGAAGAGAGAGGACACCCCAAUUCUCCUGACUACCGGAUUUAUUUUAAAACCUCUGAAGGGAAAUACAUCUCACCGUUCCAUGACAUUCCACUUAAAGUGGCGCCAGAACAGGAUAAUGAUUUGCCAGCUAAAAGACUGAAGAAGAAUGACAGCGAGGUGCUCUUCAACAUGGUUGUGGAGGUACCUAGAUGGUCAAAUGCUAAAAUGGAGAUUGCCACAAAGGAACCACUAAACCCGAUCAAACAAGAUGUAAAGAAAGGCAAGCUGCGAUACGUUGCCAACAUAUUUCCCCAUAAAGGUUACAUUUGGAACUAUGGGGCCAUCCCACAGACAUGGGAGGAUCCAAACCACACAGACAAAGAAACAAAGUGUUGUGGUGACAAUGAUCCCAUUGACGUUUGUGACAUUGGCACCCAGGUGUGCUUUCCAGGUCAGGUGAUUAAAGUAAAAGUGCUCGGCAUCUUGGCCAUGAUUGACGAGGGAGAAAUGGACUGGAAGGUCAUCGCUAUCAAUGCUGAUGACCCUGAUGCCAAAAUCCUAAAUAGCAUAGAGGAUGUCCGCAAGAGCCGGCCUGGUCAUUUAGAGGCCACUGUUGACUGGUUCAGGAAAUAUAAGGUGCCUGAUGGAAAACCUGAGAACCAAUUUGGAUUCAACGGACAAUUCAAAGACAAAGACUUUGCAGUUGAAAUCAUUAAGUCCACCCAUGAGCACUGGAGGGCACUAGUGCAGAAGCAGACAAAUAGUGGAGGGAUUGAAUGCAAAAAUGUCUCUUGCUGUGAGAGUCCCUUCAAAUGCAGUACUGAUGAGGCCAGAGAAGCAGUCCAAUCGUCCCCUACAUUUGGUAGUGCACAUCCGGUGUCUCCAGAGGUGGACAAGUGGCACUUUGUCUGAGUGAUUGUGAAGACCUGAAGACAAUAUGGAAACCAGCAAAAUGUCUUCACACUUUAUGAAGCAGUACCAACAUUGCUUCAUUGUUUGUAUGUGGCUGAAUUUAUUUUUGGUAAGAACUACUGUAAUUCUCAGCUGCAUAAAGUGCCAUCUACCUUUACCAUUGAAUAAUGUGUUUAAAAAAAUAAAUAAAAGGCAAAUAUCAGUACAUUGACAAUAUGAGCCAGUGAAGAUUACGUCAUCUGUUUUUAUUAUGUUGAGUAUAGAACCAGAGGUGAAAUCUGUUGCUAAUAUGCCCUAUUUAAAGGUAAUGUCCUACUCUCCUUUAAAACUGCUUUCAGUUUGUGCUUGCAACCACAAAGAUGACACAAUUUGUAUCUAACAAGUAAACAAUUUCUUCUUAUUUGGGUAAAUAAAAAAAUUUAAAAUGUGA